GAAGCAAAUGAUACCAAGACCAGCUCGCAACAGAAAUCUAAUAACCAGAUGUGAACGGACGAAAAUACAGUGAAAUGAGUCAGAAAACGGUGAAGGAGGGUCCCAGACUCUCCAAGAACCAGAAGUUCACCGAGCACUUCAGCAUCCACUGCUGCCCGCCCUUCACCUUCCUCAACUCCAAGCGUGAGAUCGUGGACCGGAAGUACAGCAUCUGUAAGAGUGGCUGCUUCUACCAGAAGAAGGAGGAGGACUGGAUCUGCUGCGCCUGCCAGAAGACCAGCUCCUGUCAGCACCCCUUAAGCGGCAGAGGAGAGCCCUGGCGCCAGCCUCCAGCUUCUUUUGGCCCUCUCAGCACCAGACGCCGUGCAACGUCCCCUCAGAGGCCCAAGCCACAGCCAGCUGCAUCCCCCGCCGUGGUCAGAGCACCAGCCAAGCCACGGUCCCCUCCGAGGUCUGAGCGUCAGCCACGCCCCCGCCCAGAGGUCCGACCACCACCAGCCAAGCAGCGGCCCCCUCAGAAGCCCAAGCAACAGCCGCGCAGCUCCCCCCAAAGAGGGCCAGGCGCCAGCCGUGGGGGGUCCCCCAUCAAAGCUUCUAGGUUCUGAUUGAAAAGGAGGAGCAAGCCAACUCCAAGGAAGAAGUGACCGAGAGGGAUUUUCAAGUGAAUGGACGGCCCGAGUUCCUGGACCCACUGCUUUGCAACCCGCCUGCCCUUGGACAAGCGAUCUGGCUUUGAGUAUGACGCAGGGGCAGACACCUGCUGAUGUGGCAACUGCUGAUGCCCGCAGAUCCCAUGGCAUGGGGGCCUUGGGGCAGCCUGCCUGGAGCACUUUGAAGAUAUCCUCCCAUUGUCUUUUGACCUCUGUAAUUGCCAAUGAGACAUCUGUUGUCAGUCUAUUUGUCCUUGUAUUGACUCAAGUUUCUUCAAUCUGAAGACACAUGUCUUUCUUUGGAGACAUGGGGCAAAACAAGAUAUUGUUGUGCAACCAUCAAAAUGGCAAAAAUAAAAAAUUAUCAAGUGCUGGCAAGAAUGUGGGGGAAAGUCUCAUAUACUAUUGAUGGGAAUUUAUAAACUAUUGCAAUACCUUCAGGGUGGAUUCUGGAGGAUAUUACCAAAGCGGGAUAUUGUAUAACCCAUGAUAAGGCAAUUAUUAUUUUAGACACUUAUCCUAGAGAAAAUUUGAAUUAAUGGAAAAAAGAGCUAAACUGAAAUCUGUUCAGUGAAUCAUUAAUUGACAAUGAAGGAAAAAGAGAUAGAUAUAUAGAAGAAAAUUAGCCAAAAUGUCUGUCAAUUGUGGUAUAGUAUAAAUAAAUUUCUGAACAACAGUGAGAAUAAAUUAAUCACAUAUAGCCACAUAAGAUAGAUGGAUUUGGAAAGCACUAUGAGAAAUUUUAAAAAGCAAAUCGUAUGUCAUAAAUGCAAUAUAAUGUCACAUGCAUAAAUUUUAACAAACACAAUACUAUAUUGCACAUUGCCCAAUAAACAGAAUUUAUAAGAUCUCACAUUUUCCCAUAAUGCAAUAUAAUAAAAAAGACAAUAAAAUAAAAGGUAUUAAAAAAAAACUACCCUCACAGUUGAAUCAAAAGGAAUAUUAGAAAUAGCUCUAUAUUUGAAAAAAAUAACAAAAAUUAAAAACUACAUAGAAAUGGUUAACAAUAUUAGCCAGAUACUUGCUUGGAGAGAAAAGCAGGAGAAUGAUGAAAAACUUGGGCCCCCUUCAGGUUACAAGUCUUAGAAAACAAACAUAUUUGUUUUGAGUCUAUUUCAGAUCUGGGCUUGUGACUGUGACUUUGGAUGGUUUCAGAUACAGGGAAAAAAAAAAAAAAAAAAAAAAGAGUAGGAAUAUAUCCCUCCCCCAAGCCUUCCCUGAGUAGUAGGCAGAACAGCAAAGCAGAAGACAAUAGAACGUUGUAGAAUGUGGAGGAACGUAAAUGCAUCAGGAUGCAGGGAAGCAGUGCAGAAGAGAGAAGAACAUGAGGAACAGUCUUGUCCUGGGAGCUGGUGUGGCAAAGAGCAGGCGAUGCCUGAAGCACCAACAAUGCCCUGCCCUUGUCUUUGAGUGAGCACAGCUAGACCUAGCCUAGCUCAAUAGGCAAGCAAAAAUAUGGAGGCAAUCUUAGAGGGAGUCCUGUUUAAGGUGUGGGUGGAGGUGAGAGGGAAUGCUACAGAGGAGGGAGGAAGAGUGGUAGACUCAGAGAGAGAUGACUCAGAAUGCCAUGCCCCCAGAGAGUAGAAGCAGUCCAAGUACUGUCCCAAGCAGCCAGAGGGUCCUGGCUUCCUCAUGUGGUGAUACCAUGGCUUUCUGAGGAAGUCUAAUAAAAAGGCAGGGGAAUUUAACUACACAGACCUCUCAGGUAGAAAUAUGCCUCUUGCCUAAAUUCAGGUGCUUAAUGAACAACAAAAUGAGAACCUCUACUAGAAAAAGUUUCUAAUGAUAUUUGAGACUAUUACAUUUAUGGGAAUCAUGUGAUAUGGUAGGGUGUGCAUGUGUGUGUGUUGGUAUGUGUGUGUGUGUGUGUGUAAUACAUGAUAGACCACUUGGUAAGUCCAAAGUUCUGGUUCAACCCCACAUAGACCCAACAAGAAAACUUAACACCCCUUCAACCUGUUUAAGAUUUUGGCAAAGCUGGGCCGCAUACUCAGAGCUUGCUAGGUUCUAUUCUCCAUGUCAUUCAGAAGACAUGCAGUUACUGCAAAAUGAUUGGAGAGGGAGAGCCCAGUGUGUAUUAAUUCAUGUAAUAAGUUGUAUAUUAGCCCACAAUGUUAAUAACCAAAAAUAACUGAAUUUUCUGUUUGCCUGUUAUGGAAAUAAAACCUUCUGGGGAUGGAUCAA